GCAUUAUUUAUUCUAUGUUAACCAAAUUCAUAUUCCACGUAUAUAUAUCUCACCCACGGCCAACGCCGCUCAAUCCGGCAAGCUCAGCUCUCGAAACCCCCGAAUCCAAUUCUCCGCCCACUUGAAUUGCCCCACAAGUUGCUGCCGUAAAACCCACGAAUAGUCACCGUUUGCUCGCACUCUCUCUCUCUCUCGUCGUUAGUCAGUUUCGAAUAAUAUGAUAGACCUACUCCGUCCGGCGUCGGUGAGAGCAACGACUUUAUAGCUAGCAGUGUUCCUUGAAAAAUUUGGAUCCAAAAAGUGGAAACGAAACACAAAGAUGAGCCUUGUGCCAAAGGAAGCAAUUGAGGUUAUUGCUCAAAGCAUUGGCAUUACUAAUUUGUCCCCAGAUGUGGCCCUGGCUCUGGCUCCUGAUGUUGAGUACCGUGUCCGUGAGAUCAUGCAGGAGGCAAUUAAAUGCAUGCGCCACUCGAGACGCACUACUCUUACUACCGAGGAUGUGGAUGGUGCACUCAAGUUAAGACAUGUGGAGCCAAUAUACGGUUUUGCUUCAGGUGAUCAUCUACGGUUCAAGAGAGCUGCUGGACACAAGGGUUUAUUCUUCAUUGAUAACAAGGAUGUGGAGUUUAAAGAUGUAAUUGAUGCACCUUUACCAAAAGCACCACUAGAUGUAUCUGUUAAUGCUCAUUGGCUGGCAAUUGAAGGCGUUCAGCCUGCAAUUCCUGAAAACGCUCCUGUUGAAUCACAUGCAGCAUCCUCUGAUGGCAAAAAAUCUGAGAGUAAAGAAGAUGGACUUUCUAUUGACAUAAAAUUACCUAUUAAACAUGUUCUCUCUAGGGAACUUCAGCUUUACUUUGAUAAGGUCACAGAGCUUACAGCGAACAGGCCUGGCUCCACCAUUUUUAAAGAAGUGUUGAUCAGCUUGGCAACAGACUCAGGACUUCACCCUUUAGUUCCUUAUUUCAUUUACUUUAUUGCUGAUAAGGUUACACAAAAUAUGAACAAUUUUUCUCUCCUAUUUGCUUUGAUGCAUCUUGCCGGAAGUCUUCUUCAAAAUCCAAAUAUACAUAUAGAACCCUAUCUUCACCAGUUGAUGCCAUCUGUUAUCACAUGCCUUGUUGCGAAAAGACUUGGGAAUAGGGUUUCUGACAAUCAUUGGCAUCUGAGAAACUUUGCUGCAAACGUGAUUGCUUCAAUAUGCAAAAGAUUCGGGCAUGUUUAUCACAAUCUGCUGCCGCGCGUGACUAGAACUUUGCUUCAUGCUUUCCUGGACCCAACAAAAGCAUUACCUCAGCAAUAUGGAGCUAUCCAAGGUCUAGCAGCACUUGGUCCGAGUGUGGUUCGACUGCUUGUUCUACCAAAUCUCAAGCCAUACAUGCAGCUUCUUGAACCAGAAAUGCUACUCGAGAAGCAAAAGGACGAGAUGAAGAGGCAUGAAGCUUGGCGUGUAUAUGGAGCCUUGCUGUGUGCAGCUGGCCAAUGCAUGCACAAUAAGCUGAAAAAAUUCCGCAGCAUUUUUUCGCCAUCUUCUCGUCCCAUUUUGAAGAGCAAUGGGAAGAUUGCAACAGUAAUGACAAAUAAACGCAAAGCAAGUGCAGAUAACUUGAUGCAGCAACCGCCAUUCAAGAAAAUAGCCACAGAUGGAAGCAUGGGGGCCAUGGCGAUGAACUCCAUGCAAACUGACAUGCAAGGAGGUGGAUUUUCAACUGGCAUUGGGGUUUCCCAGGGUGUUAUAUCAUCAAUGUCUCGCCCAUUAACAAAUGAAAACUUGCCAGCGAGAGAGUUGGGAGGUCAAAUGACGAAGACUUCUGCUCUUGUUCAGGCUUGGAAAGAGGAUAUGGAUGCAGGUCAUUUAUUGGCGUCAUUGUUUGAAAUUUUUGGUGAAAGUGUGUUCUCCUUUACUCCCAAACCUGAGUUAUCAUUCUUCUUGUGAAGGAUAUGUAAAUUAUCAGUUAAACUGGAAUAGUUCAUUUUAAUGUUAAACUCGUGUAUUUGAGGAUUAUAGUAGGUUAUAAAUGUGAAUACGUAAACUAAUGUACUUGAGAAACUAUAAUUUAUCGGAGUGGAAGUUCAGUGGCAUAAAAUAUAA